UAAUGUCCAACUUCGCUUGGCGAAGAGGAAGAGCCAGAUUCAAGUGGUCUAUAAGAGAUACUGUUUGGUGUUGCUGGUUGUGAUUUAUGGUGGUUGUGAUGAUACGAGAUUUAUUUGAUGUUGCUGCUAGUAGCACGCUGCCGAAUCUGUAAGUGGAACUGUAGCUCCGCCCCUGGUCAUUCUAUUGUUUAAAUCUUAGUGAGCAUUUUUUACUUACUUUAUUUAUUUUUGCUGAGUAUUGGGUGACUUAUGUGCUUUUUGAGCAUCAGCACAAAAGAAAGCUAUAUUCUUCACUUUCCUAUUGGUAUUUUCCCAUUUCGUUCCUUCUACUUUCCAAGCAAAAGUUUCCCUAAUGGGCUUCACCAAACUAAAGAGCCAAAGUGGAGCCCAUGAGUCUUUCUUCAAUUAUUCCUCCCUCCAACUUUCUUGUUUACUGAUUGAAAACAUAAAAAAAAAAAUUAUUCCUCCCUCCAUUAGAAAGACCAUCAAGUUCAUUAAAGUAAAGGAAGCGAUGGUCGGCUUUGAGAGAGAGACUGAAAUGCUGAUAGAGCAACUUGUGAUAGGGCCUCGGGAAUUAGAUGUGAUCUCAAUAUUUGGAAUGCCGGGACAAGGAAAAACUACUUUGGCUAAGAAAUUGUAUGAUCAUGAAGCCAUUUCCAAUCGCUUCGACAUUCGCUUGUGGUGUCGUUCUUCCCAAUCGUAUGAUAAGAGAGCUCUCUUGUUUGAAUUACUGUGUCGUACUCGUGAGAUUGAUGAUAGUACCAAAAUAAUGAGUAAUGAUGAACUAGCUGAGAAGUUAUACAGAAGUUUGAAGGGAAAGAGGUACCUCAUUGUUGUGGAUGAUGUGUGGAGUCCCGAGGCAUGGGAUGAUAUAAAGAGACCUUUUCCAGAUGAUGAUAGAGGAAGUAGGAUCAUUUUGACAACCAGGCUUGAAUCGAUGGCCACAUAUGCCAUGAUCUCUUUGGGUCCUCAUCACCUUCGUUUGUUCACAGAAGAAGAAAGUUGGAUGCUAAUGAAGGAGAUGGUAUUCAAAAAAGACAAUUAUUGUCCUCAAGAACUCGAGGAGAUUGGUAAGAAAAUAGCUAGAAAGUGUGGAGGAUUACCCCUUGCAAUUGUAUUGGUGGCCGGUCUUCUUGCAAAACAUGAUAAGGAAGAACUUUACUGGAAAGAAAUAGGUGAAAGUUUGAAGUCAAAAAUGCAAGGUUGCAUGGAUAUAAUUGAAUCGAGUUACCAACACUUGCCCGUUCAUUUGCAAAAAUGCUUUCUCUAUUUUGCUUCAUUUUUAGAGGACCAGAAAGUUCCUGUUAAAAAACUGAUACGACUAUGGAUCGCGGAAAAUUUUGUGGAAGCUAGUACUACAUCGAAGAGCUUAGAGUUGGUUGCAAUGGAUUACUUGAUGGAUUUAAUAAGGAGCAACCUAGUGAUGAUGGCUAAAGUAAAUUCCUUAGGGGAGCUCAAAGCCGUCCAUAUUCAUGAUUUAGUACAUGAAUUUAGCUUGGUAAAAGCUAAAUAUGGCAACUUUUUACUGAGGAUAAAUGAUCAGCUUGUGACUAUAUUUCCAUCUUCAAAAGUUAGUUCUAGACAUAUGAAUAUCGUUGCACCAGCUUCUGAAGUUAGUUUUGGGCGAACUAUCACCACCUUACGAUUCAUUCCCAGUGUAUAUUCUCCUUUGGUCGAUUUAGAUUUGACUAGAUCCUGGAAACACCUGAGAGUGUUAGAUUUGAGUUCCGUAAAGCUGAGUAAGGCACUUGUAUAUGCAUUACAAUAUCUGAUUCAUUUGAAGUAUUUGGAGCUGCAGUAUUCUGAUUACAUUCCGUAUCCAAUAUGCAACCUAAAGGAGCUAGAGACAUUUAUAGUGACCGGAAUCUAUCAUAAAACCUGCAUUCCAAAUUCCAUUUGGGAUAUGACAAGCUUGAGACAUCUGCAUAUAACUUGUCUACAUAUAUGUCAACUUUUUGAGGAUCUUGACAACUUGAAAACGUGUUCCGAUCUGGUUAUUAAUCAUGGGGUUAAUCACCAGAAAUUUAUGAAAAGAUUACCCAAUCUUGAAAAACUCAGUUGUCGAUUAUAUGGUUCAGGAACCGCUUUUAGCAAAUUCUUUCCUGCUUUUGACUCUCUCAGUCAACUCAAUUCGCUCAAGAUUGGUGUCUCUGGGGCAGCGGUAGAUCCAUGCGGUUUUGAAGACUUUACAUACCCAUCAAACCUUAAGAAGUUAACUCUGGUAUAUCUUGAGCUACCUUGGAGUAAAAUUUUAAACAUUGGCAGAUUAUCCAACCUUGAAGUUCUGAAAUUAGAGAAUCAUGCCUUCACAGGGGGACAAUGGGACGUUAAGGACGGGGAGUUUCCUAACCUUAAAGUUUUGAAAUUAAAGAAUCUAGAUAUGUCAAAAUGGACUGCCACUGAUGACUCAUAUCCAAGUCUCCAGCAAGUAGUGGUGCAAGGGUGUUGGGAAUUGAAGGAAAUUCCUGAAAGUUUUGGGAGCAAGUUCACAAUGCAACUGAUUGAGAUAAGAUCAUGUCGCAACUCUGUUGUAAAGGCUGCCCUCAAAAUUAAGGAAACACAAAUCGAGGAGAUGGGGAAUUUUGAAUUCAAGGUCAUUAUUUUUAAGUGGAAGUCAAGUCGUCUUCAGAGGGUUGUUUAGUUAGGUUUCUUUGUCUUGUAGUUUCUGAAUUAAAAUGGAAUGCUGUACAUGAUGUAUGCAAGGCCCUAAUGUUGCAAUAAAAGAGUUCUCCUUAUCAGACAACCUCUUCAAGGCCAGAUAUAGUGGCACGGAGCAGUGGACUUUUCUCUUU